UUCGCGUCACGCGGCACGCAGGCUAAAACUUCAACCCCAAAUUCUGAUCUCAAUUUUUGGCUAUACACGCAAUUUUCGCACUCUCGUUCUUCCUCACAUUCUACUUGCAGCGCCGUGCGGUAGCGGCGGUGGAGACCAUUCUGAUUAACAGCUGACUUCGCAUUCAACUUGUGCACAAGCACUGAUGGCAUCUAAGUUGCGGCAAUUGCAAUCCAAAGCUUGCCAAGCAUCACAAUUUGUAGUUAAGCGCGGGACCCCUUACUACAAGCAGUUGUUAGAGGAGAACAAGCAAUACAUUCAGGAGCCACCUACCGUGGAGAAAUGCAACCUACUGGCAAAGCAAUUAUUUUAUACUCGACUUGCUAGCAUUCCUGGUCGUUGCGAGUCAUUUUGGAAGGAGCUUGAUUAUGUCAAGAACUUGUGGAAGAACAGACGAGAACUGAAGGUUGAAGAUGCAGGUAUUGCCGCUUUGUUUGGCCUGGAGUGCUUUGCUUGGUUUUGUGCCGGUGAAAUUGUUGGAAGGGGGUUCACUUUUACGGGUUACUACGUUUGAGGAAAGAAAAAUCUUUCUCUGGCCAUUUAUUAUGGUGCAUUCUACAAGCCGAUUUUUGAUUUUCUGGAAUUUGAUCUUUGACACACGAAAGUAACAAACUGGUGUUGAACUUAGAUAAGGCUUAAUAAGCCCAUGUAUUCGAAGCGGGAUUAACCGUGCGUUGUUUUGCGAUCAAUUGGAAGGUAGUGCUGAUCCUCCCUGCCAUCAGUUUGAGUAACAUAUAAAUAAACAUGGCUUGGCGUUAAAUCCAUGUUUUAAUUUUGA